AUGUCCACGUCCGCCUUCAAACCAAGAUUCGUAAAACCAUCCGACACUUCUUCGUUCUUGGACAAAGAUCCAGCAGUUGAAAAAACCAAUUUCACUUACAACAAAUACAUCUCCCAAUCAAUCCAGACUCAGAGACAACGUUUGCCGAUAUUCAAUAACCGCAACCACAUUUUGUAUCUCCUGGAAAAAUAUCAAACUUUGAUUCUGGUAGGAGAAACGGGCAGUGGAAAAAGUACCCAAAUCCCGCAGUAUUUACGAGAAGCUGAGUGGCCUAAGCAAAUAGUUAUAUGCGAACCUAGAAGGGUUGCUGCUAUUUCUUUAGCUAAUAGAGUGGCAGAUGAAACUGGGAGCUUAGUGCAAGGUGACGUGGUCGGAUAUGCUGUAAGGUUUGACUCAUGUGCUUGUAAGCCAAAAAUUAAAUUUGUUACUGAAGGUAUUUUGCUAAGGGAAAUGAUGUCAGAUCCUUUACUUAGUAGUUAUUCAGUUAUAAUGAUUGAUGAAGUACACGAACGCACCCUCUAUACUGAUAUUCUAUUAGGAUUAAUGAAGAAAAUAUUAAGGAAAAGACCUGAGUUAAGAUUAAUUGUAGCAUCAGCAACAAUGGAUGCAACAGCAUUCCAAAAAUAUUUCAAUAACUUUGAAAAUCUAAAAACACCCAGUUCAACAAUAUUGUCUGUAGAAGGCAGGCAAUUUCCAGUAGAAAUUUUUUAUGUAGCUGAACCAGUACCUUGUUACGUACAAGCCUCUGUUGAAGCUGCUGUAAAUAUAAAUGCAUCAGGCACUGCUGGAGAUGUUUUAAUAUUUUUGACUGGUCAAGAAGAAGUUCUUAAAGCAGUACGUAUACUAGGAGAACAUGCUAACGCCAUAGAAAAUUCAAAAUCUAAAAACAAAAUAACCAUUUUGCCUAUGUACGGAUCCUUGCCUUACAAUCAACAACUAAAAGUAUUUCAAAAAGCCCCUGAAGGUUACAGAAAAAUUAUUGUUGCAACAAACAUUGCUGAAACAUCUGUUACAAUUCCUGGAGUAGUUUUUAUAAUUGACAGUGGCUUUGUUAAAAUAAAAUGGUAUAACAUUGAGACACAUACUGAUAGUCUUAUGGUUGUGCCCAUAAGUAAAUCUUCAGCUAAUCAGAGAGCUGGCAGAGCAGGAAGAAUGAGGUCAGGAAAAGUUUACCGAUUGUACACAGAGGAGUGGGCUGAAAAAUUACCUUUAAAUACUCCACCAGAAAUGGUAAGAUCCAGCCUAACUUACCCAAUAUUACAACUAAAGGCAAUGGGAGUAAAUAAUAUUUUACAAUUUAAAUUCCCAAGCAUGCCUCCAAUGGAGAAUAUUAAAAGUGCUUUAGAACUUCUUUAUGCUUUAAAUGCAAUUGAUAUAAAUUGUCAGUUGACAAGACCUUUAGGGUUUCACAUGGCUGAAUUUGCCCUUAAUCCUCUAUAUUCAAAGAUGUUGUUGACUUCAGAAGAAUUCAGUUGCUCAGAGGAGAUUCUUAUCAUUAUUUCUAUGCUUCAAGUGGAAACAGUUUUCAAUAAACCUACCACAGGAAAUGGAAUAAUUAAAGCUAGAAUCCAGAAGCGGUUGUUUGAAGUUAAAGAAGGUGAUUUGAUAACUUAUUUAAAUAUUUUUAAUGCGUUUGUACAGAAUGAUAUGUCUCAAGGGUUUUGUCAUAAGAACUUCUUGAGUCAUUCUAGCAUGAAGCGUGUAAUGGAAAUUAGAAGGAAUUUGGAAAAAAUAUUGGUCAAUUAUAAUAUUCCGCUAACAUCUUGUAGAAAUACUGAAAAUGUUUGCAAAUGCAUAGUGACUGGGUUAUUUCCUAAUGGAGCAUAUUUACAUAGAAGCGGAGUAUAUAAAACAGUGAGAGGCGAUAUAGACCUGUUUGUGCAUCCUGAAAGUGUUUUCUAUAACAUUGAACAGCCCCAAUGGAUAGUGUUUGGUGAAGUUGUGCAUGGAAUUAAACUUUACAUGAAGGACAUUACAGUGAUUCAAAGGGACUGGCUUUUAGAAUUAGCACCGCAUUUUUAUUAUAAGACUACAGGUUUUGAAUAA